GAUCCGUGCUCCUACCCAUACACGAGCGGCUGAUGCUCGUUUUGGAAAUGAAGACUCGUUAGCCUCCCCAAGGCUAUCAAGGCACUCUCUCUUCUGCAUACAAGUUUCCUCAUAUUGUUUUUAUUCAAAGUGCAACAAUAAAACCUCUCUACAUGGGCCAGAAAGCCAAGCCGCAGACGCACCCCAGAAACACCCAGCCGGCAUGUAAGCAGCUGCCCCCACUUGUCUGGGUAGACCUUGAAACCACCGGGCUGCAUGCAGAAAAGGACACGAUCCUCGAGGCUGCACUGCUGAUAACCAACAGCGACCUCGAGCUGCUUGAGCCACCACUCAGCCUUGUGAUCCACCAUCCGCCUGGUGCCCUGCAAUCCAUCAACGCCUGGUGCCGGAACAUGCACAAGGCGUCGGGGCUGCUUGACCAAGUCGCACAGUCGACACUGACCUUGGCCUCCGCCGAACAGCAGAUGCUUGAUCUGGUCACCAAGCACUGCCCGGAGCCGAAUCGGGCGAUAUUGGCAGGCAACAACGUCGGGUUCGACCGCAGGUUUCUCAGCACGUACAUGCCGAUCUUGCACGGACAUCUGCACUUCCGCAACGUCGAUGUCAGUUCGCUGAACGAGCUGGCCAAGCGCUGGCGGCCCGAUCUGCUGCCGGGCGUGCGCAAGAAGUUUGGCCACCGUGCGCUCGACGACAUCCAGGAGAGCCUGCGCGAGCUGCAGUACUACCGUGAUCGCAUGAUCAGCCGUCCCGAUCAGAAAUAAAUCAGAUCCUGGAAUUCUUGUACUCUUUUCUGCGAUCUUGCUGCAUUUCUCGGCCCAAAAACGACGCAGGUUGCCCGGCCAGCGCCAUA